CUCUGACGCAAAUGAGUUGUUAUUCAAACUUACGGUAUUUUUAUCGAUUAGAAAGGUUACCUUGGUGUAAAUAAGUUGUUUUCGAUGUGAUUGCAUGAUUGUUUUAAAAAUAUAAAUUUAUCAAUAUCUUACAAAGUCAUAUUAAUGUUAAAUAUUUUUUAUCUCCUUUUCUCGCUAUAAAUACAGACAACUGUUUAAGACUAAUCAAAUUGUUAGCAGCAAUUACAUUGAAAACAACGUACAUCAUGGCAGGAAUUCCAUCACAACUAGUCAUCUUAACUGAGGAUCCCGUCAAUUUUCCAAUAGGGACGGCAUUGAUAAUCAUGAGGGAGCUGUUCAUAUUUGGCGUCACAGAUAUCUCACUGAAGAAAGACAGGAUGUCAUACACACCCAAUUCGAAACACAUAAAAAGAAAAUUUGGAAAUCUUCCAAUCCGCUACAUGCGGACAAAAAUUCAAUCAGAGGGAGAAUUUCAAAAAGUAGAAGGAGCGGUAAAAAGAUAUCGCUUCAACCAAAUUGACGACGAAUAUGAGGAGUUCGAAAAACAACAGCAAAUUCAAACAAAUGCAGGUAUAAAGAGGACGCUCUACAUCCAGGGAACGUCAGCAAAUAAGAAAAUAAAACCUAGUACAAGUACAAGCAGUACUCCUGUGGUGGAGUUGCACAAUGAUGACUAUGAGGACAUAGAGCAUUUUCUAACUCGGAGGACACCAGAAUGAAAAAUCCUCUGAUGUACGGUCCUCCGAGGAAUAGAGAGAAGAAAUAGAACUUUACUUAUAUAAAAUAAAGCUAAUAAAUAUAAUGUAAGUUAAUUUAUAUAUAUAUAUAUAUAUAUAUAU